AACAAAUUUGCAAGUUUUGGUACUUUUGCAACAUUCCAUUUAUUGCAGCCAGGUCUCCUUAUUGGCAAGGCAUGGUAGAUUCCAUAACCAUUUGUGGUGCGGGGUUUAAAGCCCCUACCGAUGCUGAGUUAAGUGGCCCCCUCUUGUUACAAAUGGUUGAGGAUAUGAAAGUUGAGCUAGAGGACCACCAACAGUCUUGGAGAGAAAAGGGUUGCACCAUCAUGACAGAUGGUUGGACGGAUAGGAGGAAUAGAACACUCCUAAAUUUUCUUGUUUCCUGCGGAGGAUCUACCAUGUUCUUGAAAUCUAUUGAUGCUUCCUCACAUGUGAAAAAUGCCACAUACUUAUGUGAGGCUAUUGAGGAAGUCAUACAAGAGGUGGGGGAAGAAAAUGUGGUGCAGGUGGUGACAGAUAAUGCAGCAAGUUAUGUUGCUGCAGGUAAACUUUUGAUGGAGAGGCACCCGAAAAUUUUUUGGUCUCCUUGUGCGGCCCAUUGCCUUGACCUCAUGUUGGAGGAUAUUGGUAAGCUUGAAUGGGUGAAAUCAAUAGUUGAAAGGGCCAAAUAUAUCAGCAAGUUUAUCUACAAUCAUGCAUUGGUCCUUAGCAUUAUGAGGCAAUACACGGGGCAAAAGGAGUUGGCUCGUCCAGGCAUCACGAGGUUUGCCUCAAACUUCCUCACACUGAAAUCCUUGAUAAAAUCAAAGGCGGCUUUGAGGCGUAUGUUUGUUGGUGAGGAGUGGACUUCCUCAUCCUAUGCUACAACCACUGCAGGGAUAGAUGUGGUAAAUUGCAUUUUUGAUGAGUCAGGUUUUUGGACCCCCUGUGGAGAAACCGUGCAGGUCACUGAGCCCCUCGUAGUUCUCCUACGAGUUGUUGAUGGGGAGAAACCCUCUAUGGGCUAUAUAUAUGAGGGUAUGGAUAGGGCCAAGGAGGCCAUUAGGUCCAUAUAUGCAGGAGAUGAGGAUAAGUAUGGCCCCAUUUGGGAGAUUAUUGAUAGGAGAUGGCAGAACCAGCUUCACAGGCCCAUCCAUGCAGCAGCCUAUUACCUCAAUCCGGCAUUUCGAUUCCGUGAUGACUUCAAGGCAGAUGAGGAGGUUCUUAGUGGCCUGUAUACAGUGGUUCAAAAGUUGUGUACUGAUGGCACAGCCUCAAGAACAACGAUCCAGCUGGAUAAAUAUAAUAAUCGAGAAGGGGCAAUCUUCUCAAGCAGCAUGUGCAUAGAGGCUCGAACACAAUUGCAGCCAGGUAGAAAUAUAUGUAAACUUAAGAUUCUUAAGUUUAUGGCUUAUGCAUUUUAAUUUUUGAUUUUAUAAUCUAGCCUUAAAGUUGGAAAUGAGUUUGAUUUUUUUUUCUUUUUCGUUAUUUCAAAUAGAUGGUGGCAAAUGUUUGGGCCCUCAACCCCAAACCUUCAAAAAAUUGCCAUCCGUAUUUUGAGCCAGCCAUGCAGUGCUUCUGGAUGUGAGCGCAAUUGGUCAAUGUUCGAGCACAUCCAUUCGAAGAGGCGUAAUAGAUUGUCUGUGGAGAGGUUGAAUGAUCUUGUUUUUGUUCAUUACAACCUCCGUCUUAGGACCAGACAGAUUUUGGACACUGACUCCUCUCCGAUCACUUUAGCGGAGAUCGAUCCAGAGUCUGAGUGGAUCACUGAGUCUACCGAUCCCGUCUUCACUGAGGAGGACCAUGAGUGGGUUGACCAGGCAGACAGAGAGGCUGAGGCUGUGGCUAUGGCAGAGGAGGAGGAUAGAGCACGAUCCGGCAUAGGCACCUCACAGGCGGAGACUAUGGCUUCUCAGUCAUCCAGGACCUACCUUAGACGCAUUUGUAGGAGGCAGACAGACUACUCUGAGGCUCAGGAUUAGCUAGAGCCUGAGCCAUAGACUUGUUUUUGUUUACAGUUAUAUAUAUGUUUGGGAACAUUUGAUGUCAUGGAUUUUAUAUACAUUUGACAACAUUUAUAACUCUAUAUAUCUAUGUUUUCUAUUUCCUUCA